AUGACGACGAGGAGGACGACGAGGAGGACGACGCGCCGCGGCCGCGUCGUCGCCGCGCGCGCGCGACCGAGCGGCGCGUCGUCCUCGCCGUCGCGCGCGCGAUUCGCGGUCGUCGUCGCGCUUCUCGCCGCGUGCCUUCUCCUCCGCGGAUGCGACGCGGCGCGCGAGACGAAGGCGGAGACGGAGACGGACGCGGACGACGACGUCGGCGUCGAGGAGUACCACUUCCCGUCGCCGAUGCACGUCGCGAAGCACAUGCAGCGCGCGGUGCUCGACGGCGUGAAGAAGAUGCGAGAGGAAGCGGACGCGACGGGGGAGGAGCCCCGCGAGGCGAGCUCCAUGAUAUUCCCGGGAGGGGCGCUGAACGACCGCGCGCAGCGCGCGGCGAGGGACCGCGGCGACCGGCGGUUCGAUCGAGCGCGGCACAUCGUCCCGAACGCGCUGGGGGGCGGCGCGGCGGGAGGCGCGCGGACGCUCGCCGCGGUGGACGACCUCGGUGGCGCGGCGGAAGAGGCACGAUGCGAGCGAGACGCCGCCGACGCCGCCGACGCCGCCGCCGCCGCGGGCGCGUGCGCCGCGGAUCUCUCGAGGAACGACGACGACGACGACGGGGGGGGGAAGACGAGCGCGUGGGGGUCCACGAACACGAUCGGCGGCCUCCUCGUCAUCGAGAACGGCGAGAACGAGGAACGACGGGAAGCCGCCGCACAGCUGGCGGCUGACGAAGCCGCCGCACAGCUGGCGGCUGACGAAGCCGCCGAAUCCGCCGCGACGCCGCGCGCCGUCGCGCUCGCGGAGCGGUACGAACGCGGCGCGCGCGUCGGACGCCGGAUCGUCUCCGGGGCGAUAUUCAACGCGGGCGCGAUCGUGCCCCAGGACGAGUGGCGGGACGUCCUGAAAGAGGAGCUGAGCCCCGUGGACGUGACGUGGCACGUCGCGCACGAGAGCGCGGAGCGCGACGCGGAGGAAAAGGCUUUGCGCGAGCGCCGCGCCAAGAAGAAAACGGCGGCGGACGCCGCGGGGAAAGCGGCCGGAGAAGGGGGUGGUGAACCGAUAAACGACGAGGAAUCCGCGCUGGCGGCCGACGAGACGGACGAGAUCGACGCCGCGCACGAGGCGUUCGCGCGCUGGUUCGUAUCCAAAGGCGGCGUCGUCGACGGCUUCGAGAUGCGAAAGGUCCCGGGCAAGGCGAACUUCCACGGCCGCGGGCUCGUCUCGACCGGCGAAAAGCCGAUCGCGCUGAACCAGCGCGUGAUGCGGAUACCGAUCACGAUGACGCUCUCGAUCGUCACCGCGCGGAACCUUCGCAUCGGCGAGCAUCACGCGGGGGAGUGGCUGAAGAAACUCUUCGCGCGCGACGAGACCGUCGGCCUCGCCGCGUUUUUGCUUCACGAGACGUUGAAAGAGCACGAGACUCCCGGGUCCUCGCACUGGGGCCCGUACGUCCGCACGCUCGGGCAUCACGCGCUCGGUCGCAAAGUGUGGAGGGCGCUGGACGGGACCUACGCGGGCGAGCUCAUUACCGAGCACGACGAGGACGCGAUUCGCGUCCUCGACAACGUGCUCACGGGAGGGAAAGGGAUCUGCUCGAGGGCGGGGCGACUGUGCCAUCGCGUGCCGUCAGACUUCGCCGGCGGCUUCUUCAACCGCGACGACGUGCGAUGGGCGCUCGGCGUCGUGCGCUCGCGCGCGGUGUACAUCACGCGACGUACGACCGGGACGAGGUUCUUAGCGCUCGUGCCGAUGAUGGACCUCGCGCCGCAUCAUCACGACGCCGGCGGCGAAGCCGCGCUCGAGCUCGACAACGGCGUGAACGUCUUCGCGACGCGGUCCGUCCCCGCCGCGCCCGGGAUCGAGCUCGCGAUGAACCGCGGGUUCAACGUCACGGACGCGGAGUCGAUGCUGCGAUGGCACGCGGUCACCCCGGGGUUCAACCCGCACGGAGGCGUGCGUCUGCGCAUCCCCGGCGGCGCCGUCGACGGCGCGGACGUUCUCGAGAAGAUCCGUCUGCUGCGACGAUGGCGCCAAGAGAUGGCGAUGCCCCCGCGCGGGUCCGACCUCUGGCGCGAGAGCGCUCUGCUCGGCAUCUACGGCGACGGCGACGAGGAGCUCGAGGCGAUGAAGUCGCACAACGCGCCGUCGAAGCUGAACGGUCGCGGCGACGGCUUCGCGGCGUUGUCGGACACGUCGGCCAACGGCGCGACGAUCGAGGAGGAGCUCAUGCUGACGGGGCAGUUCACCGACGCGAACGAGGCGGCGAUCGCGGCGGCGAAUUACGUCGGGCUGCCGUUCGUGCCGUUCGCGAAGGACGGUCCCGGAGGCGGGAAUUUCAUGCUGUACGACGUGCUGAGGGAGGACGAGCCCGGAGGCGACGCGCCGGAGGUGAGGAGCGCGCGGCGGUCGCUCGCGAAGCUCGCGGUGCAGACGCAAGCCGCGGCGGCGUUCGGGGAGUUUGUCGUCGACGACGACCUCGCCGAGGAGGGGGACGAAGACGGGGGCCCUGGAGACUCCGAUAAGAAGCAAAAAGCGGCGGCGGCGGCGACGACGACGACCGCGACGACGAAAGGGGGCGAGUACGGGGACGUCAAACCGCGCAGCGACGGCGGCGACGCCGCGUCCGAGGCGCUGCGGACGGCGAGAGAUUUCUUCGAACGCGGCGUCCCUCCCGGCCGAGGCCUCGACGCGCUCGACAUCUUCCUCCUUCGCAAGGGCCACCUCAUGGGCCAGUGCGGGAAGCCGCGCGACCUCCUCGUCGGCGCGUUCGGUCCCACGGACGCGCUCAUGUGCGCGACGCGCGUGCUCCUCGCGAACGAGACCGAGGUGAAAGCGCUCGAGGGAGGCGGGAAGGAUUUGCACUGGACGGGGGAGCGAGACGCGCACGAUCCGGGCCCGGAGUAUCAGCCUUUCGAUCCGACGAAGCCGCUGAGCAUGGCGAACGAGCGCGCGUCGCUUCGACGGAUCGCGAUGACCGCGACGAACAUCCUGCUGGCGUACCCGACGACGGAGAAGGAGGAUGUGGAGUGGCUGGGGUACGAUCCGGACGACGACGACGACGACGACGACGACGACGCGUUUGACGACGACGCGUUUGUCGACUCGGCGUCGGCGUCGGCCGAGGACGCGGACGCGACGAUCAGCGACGGCGACGACUUCGACGCCGCCGCCGCCGCCGCCGCCGCCGCCGCCGCCGCCGCCGCGUCGACCGACCCUCCGCGGCGGAUGCCGCGACGGCUGCGAGUCCACGGCGGGCUCGUGCACACCGCGGUGGUGCUCCGCCUCCGCGAGAAGCGACUGUUGAAACGCGCGGUGUACUGGCUAAAAAAUCGCGAGGACGACUUAGACGCGCUGACGUAUCAGGUCGAGGAGAAAGCGAGAGCGAAGCGCGAGGCGGAGGAGAAGAUCCGCGCGAGAGCCGAGCGCGCCGCGGAGCUGAUGCGCGAGUACGCCACCGCGAAGACGCUCGCGACCGCGACCGUGGACGUCCCCGCGGCGACGGACGCGUCGGCGGGAGACGACGCGCCGCCGGCGCCGCCGCGAAGAGCGUCCGUCGCCGUGCGCGAGGGCGACGUCCUCGACGACGUCGUGACCGCGUUCAUCGCGGCCACGGACGGGCUCGAUCACGAGACGCACUUCACGCCGAUCAGAGACGCGCUGAUCGGGUCGAUCAAGNCGGUGGUCGCGAUUCGCGACGGCGACGACCCCGCGACUGUCGUCGCGACGUUUUGCGAGCUCCAUAACGUCCCAGCCGCGUCCGUUACUCGACUCGACGCGAUGGUGAAGACGCACGUGGCCAAUCGCGCGAAGCGCCGGUCGUUGAUCUCGAUCCCGGUCGUCGCGCCGGACGGCCGCGCGCUGCUCUUCGACGUCGUCGAGGGCGAGCAGCACGAGCUGCUCGCGCGCGCGAGCGAGUGGGCGCUCGCGGAGCGCGUCCCGCAAGACGCCGCGGCGCAGCUCGCGAACGCCGCGCACGAACGCUUGGGCCCCGUCCUCGUGGCGAUCCCCGUGGAGAUCCCGGGACGCGGCGGCGCGGCGGUGACGCUGUUCGUUCGCGACGCGGCGAUCGAGGCGGUGAGGGCGACGGCGGAGGCGUUCGCGGAGGCGCACGGGUUGGGCGCGGUUGCGGUGAUCGCGUUGACGAGGGAGAUCAGUUCGCGCUUGAACCCGGGGACGAUGCGGUUGUAGCGGGUGUACUGUAUGUAGGACAGCGCGCGAGAGAGAAAUGAGAAGAAUACUUUAGAUUACAGGGU